UUUGACUAGUCAAUCUGUCAGAAAGGAGAGUGGAAAAAGAUUCAAUAUCUGCUCCUGCAACAUAAAGCCGCUGCGUGCACGUGGGCGCGCGCGUGUGUGGUCUUCAGAGGACCAGCUCGAGUUUUUCAGCCAUAAGAGUUUCCCACCUAUGAUCAGACUGACCCCGUCGAUGCAACUGAUUGCAGGGAAAUCAUCACUGACCUUUAAAACUGAAGAAGCUUUGAACUGAAGAAGAAAACCUGGAGCUCAAGAACAGAUAGAAGAAGAGGAGGAAGAGGAGGAGGGAGAAAGAGCAGCAGAAGAAGAAGAGACGCUAAGACAGUAGAUCAUGAUUCACUCAAAUCACUCCAGCCACUCAGUCUUCUGCUGCUGUUGUGCUGUACAGACCAGGGAGAUCAGCACCCGCAUGGAGCUGGAGGGAAGCACAUCCCUGUGUUUCCAGAGCCGACGAUAUCCAGGACAAGCCUGCCGGGUCGACAGGUCGAGGAGGAGGCUGCCUCUCCCCCCUCCUGAAGACGUGGAUGGUGUAGGUCCAGGUUUGCUAAGUGUCGUCGCCAUGUAUGACUUCACCGCCAAGGAGGACACUGACCUCACACUCAAACAGGGGGAGGAGUACAUCAUCCUCCACAAACAAGACCAGCUGUGGUGGAGAGCGCAGGACAAACAUGGGAAUAAAGGAUUCAUCCCCAGUAACUACGUCACAGAGAAAAACAGAAUCGAAGCUAACUCGUGGUACUGCAAGAACAUCACCAGGACAGAAGCUGAGCAGCUGCUGAGACAGGAGGGAAAAGAAGGUGGUUUUGUGGUGCGGGAGUCCAGUCAGAAGGGAGUCUACACCGUCUCUGUCUACACAAAAACAUUAAGUGAUAAUGGAGAUAUAAGGCAUUACCAGAUCAAAAUAACAGACACCGGACAGUUCUUCUUGGCUGAAAAACACACCUUCAACUCCAUACCCGAUGUCAUACACUACCACGAACACAAUGCAGCAGGUCUAUUGACCAGGUUGCGGUAUGCAGUGGGGCCAAUGGGAAGGUGUGUACCCGCCACAUCAGGAUUCAGCUCAGAGAAGUGGGAGAUCGAUCCCAACGAGUUGACCUUCAUGAAGGAGCUGGGCAGUGGUCAGUUUGGUCUGGUGAGGCUCGGCAAGUGGAGGGCUCAGCAGAAAGUGGCCAUCAAGGCCAUCCGAGAGGGAGCCAUGUACGAGGAGGACUUCAUCGAGGAGGCCAAGGUCAUGAUGAGGCUGUGCCAUCCUAAACUGGUGCAGCUGUAUGGUGUUUGCUUGCAGCAGCGCCCCCUGCUGAUCGUGGCCGAGUUCAUGGAGAACGGCUGCCUGCUGAACUUCCUACGGCAGAGGGGCGGCACUCUGAAGGAUGCAUGGCUUCUGUCCAUGUGCCAGGACGUCUGUGAGGGGAUGGAGUACCUGGAGGCACACAGUUUUAUCCACAGAGACCUGGCAGCCAGGAACUGUCUGGUCAAUGAGCACAAUGUGGUAAAGGUCAGCGACUUUGGAAUGACCAGGUACGUUCUAGACAACCAGUACACCAGUUCUAGUGGUGCGAAAUUCCCAGUGAAGUGGUCUCCUCCUGAAGUUCUCCACUACAGUAAAUACAGCAGCAAGUCUGACGUCUGGUCCUUCGGUGUGGUGAUGUGGGAGAUCUACUCGGAGGGUCGGAUUCCAUUUGAAAACAGCAGCAACCUCGAUGUGGUUAAUGACAUCACCAGAGGAGUCCGGCUGUACCGGCCGUACCGAGCCUCGCAGCCGCUCUACGCCAUCAUGUACCGCUGCUGGCAUGAGACAGUGAAGAGGCAGAAAGGAAACAAGUGGAGAGAGGCAGAGAGAGAGAAAGAAAGACAGGCAGAGGGAGAGAGAGGUAUGACAUGCACCAAAGAUCCUUAGCUGGAGUAGAGUGCCUAAGUCCCCUCCCCUUCCGCUGGAUCACAAUGGGACCUUAUUUCAGAAAAAAAAUAUGUACGGUAGUCUACAGCAAGACACAACAAAUGUUAUGACCUGAAUUACACACAUUGUCAGUUUAAAAGAUAUUUCUGCAAGUCAAGAGAGUUGCAGUUUGUUGUAAAACAAAAUUAGAAAGACCCAAAAGUCACAUAAGUGAUGGCACACUUCUUCUCUCAAUGGCUGAAGCUAACAUUACUAAAGCUUAAGUCAAAGAGCUUCCAUGUGUAGAUGAUGUGAUAAAUGGACCAGGAGUUGUUGGAUUAAAUACAUCAGGUGAGAUAUAUUUCUGCGUGGGACAUAGCUAAAUUACCUAGCUUAGUAGCAAGCAAGCAAUGAAUUUUAGCAAGGAUUACAGUGUUAGCACUAUGAUGAUGUAUAUUGUACCAGACCAAAGAUGCAGUUCAUUGUGCGGUUUCACACAAAACAAAAUGUUACGUUACAGUUUUAAUAUAAAAUGUUAUUUUCUUUACUGACAAAAUUAUCUUUUAAAUUGACAAACAGCACAUUUGUAAUUCAG